CCAAGUCGAAACCAGCCCCGUGCACACUUAUUUUACGACCUCAGACUAUAGCGAACAAUGCGAUAAAUCUCCGAUCUCUCCCAUUUAUCGCAGGACAAGAAACUUACUUGCUGGCGAGUGAAGUUUCUACGCCAUAUCAAGCCGGGAGAGCACCCCGAAAAAAGCCGUCAAUUAGCAGCAAUGGCCUCCACAACCGCAUUUCGGGACAUCAACGUGCACGCGGCGCCAACAUAUUAUGCCUUCUCAUCGCCGACAUCCCCUAACGCGCCGACGUUGGUGAUCGACCGUCCGUCUGGAAAUGUGCGUCUGAACGACAAACAAUUGCUCGGCGGCAACCGCGUGUCUAGCAUCUCAGGGAUCCUCGGUAUCAUCAAGUGGCGUCUGAACAGCUAUGUGAUCAUCAUCACCAAGUCCCAAAUCGUGGGGCGCUUGAAAGGCCACCAGAUCUACAAGGUCGUAUCAACCGAAUUUCUUCCCAUGCAAGAAAGACAAAUCAAGCACCCUGACGAGGAUACGAGCCUCGAGUACCUCAAGACUCUACUGCGUACUGGUCCCAUGUACUUUUCCUAUUCGCUUGAUAUUACCAAUAGCUUCCAAAGACAGGCGCAAAGUGAUCAACGAGAGCCUUUGUGGCAGAGGGCUGACAACCGAUUCUUCUGGAACCGUUACAUUUCAUCGACGCUUAUUGAUUUCCGGCAAGGCAAAACUUCAUCUCUACGAGCCACGUCAAAUGCACAACCCGCUGUUGACCCGUACAUUCUACCCGUCAUGUAUGGUAUGAUGAGCAUCACCAACACAUCCAUCAAGGGUAACGCUUUGACUUUUGCCCUCAUAACCCGACGAUCGAGAUUCAGGACUGGCACUCGGUACAUGACUCGAGGUAUCGACGAGCAAGGCAAUGUUUCCAAUUUCAACGAGACCGAGCAGACGAUCAUUCUCAAUGACGAUGCAUCGGGUGGUUUGACCAGCUAUGCAGGUGACCAAGGCUUCGCGAAACCAAAGCCCGUCAGUGGCAAAGAAACCCAGGUCCUGGCUUAUGUUCAGACUCGUGGUAGCGUUCCCGUCUUCUGGGCUGAGGUUAACACUCUGAAGUAUACGCCAAGGCUUCAGGUUCGAGGCGUAGAAACAGCAGCCAAUGCCGCGCGGAAGCACUUUGACGAGCAGAUCUCAACCUAUGGCGACAAUUACCUGGUGAACCUCGUGAAACAAACCGGGCGUGAGGUGCGCAUCAAGGAUGCGUACGAGCAGCUGGUCAAGAUCCUCCAAACUUCGCCGCAAGAAAGAUCAGAAGCCGACAGUAGGACCCCCGAGAAGUUCAACGUCAUCGAAUCCUCCGAUCGUCGUAGCUGGUACGAUCACUUACAUUACAUCUACUUCGAUUUCCACCACGAGACCAAAGGAUUGAAAUGGCACCGGACCCGACUUCUUCUAGAUCAGCUCAGCAACGGCCUGGUGUCGGGAGGCUACUUCCAUGGCAUCGACACGCCCUCUGGCGGCGUAGACAUGCGCAGGAAGCAGACCGCGGUUGUCCGUACCAACUGCAUGGACUGUCUUGAUCGCACGAACGUCGUCCAGUCCAUGCUCGGUCGGGAGAUUUUGACUUCCAUGCUCCAAAAUGUCGGCGUGCUUCGCCCUGGCGAAACCGCACAGGACGACCAGACGUUCGAGCAUCUCUUCCGCAACGUGUGGGCGGACAAUGCGGACGUCGUAUCCAAAACAUACUCCGGCACCGGCGCAUUGAAGACCGACUUCACGCGAACUGGCAAUCGGACUCGCGCCGGCAUGUUGCAGGAUCUGAACAACAGCUGUACCCGAUACGUGUGCAACAACUUCGCGGACGGACCCCGACAAGAUGCCUUCGAUCUCUUCCUCGGCAACUACUCCCCCGAAUCGACCGGCUUGGGUGGAAGGCUACAAUUUGCCGAUCGGAGACCUCUCAUCAUCCAAGCCGUUCCCUAUGUGCUUGGUCUUUGUGUGUUCUUCGUUGGUGUGAGCUUGAGCACAAGCCGGCUGCCCGAUUCCACCGUCUGGCCUCUACGCGCCUUCACUUUCCUCUGUCUCGGCGUGGCUGGCUAUGCAGGUCGUUUCAUGUGGAACUAUGGUAGUCUCUACGUCAACUGGCCGAAGCUCAACACUCCGCAGUGGGCUGUGGAGGCGUAUCAGGACACCAUGGACAAGGUGGGCAAGGAUCCGGUCGUCGGUGCCCUGCUCGGCUCGGGUAAGACUGAUUCUCGCCUUAACAUCUUGGAGGAAGGCAAGAAGCGACGCGAGUAGACGAUCUCGUACCUGGACAGUGUUUUGACUAUUCGGACUCUCUGGGUUCGGCUUUCCUGUGUUAAAUAAAUAAUUGAAUAGACCCAAUAGCUCCUCCAUUCCUAUACCCUAGUUUGGCUCAGCGAUGCUUGUCACUGGUGGACAGAGAAUUGACUAUUCCGGACACCCUGAAUCAUAAUUUCGAUGUGUCUAUAUUCACCAUGACAGCAAUUCCAACAGCCAUUGCUAUAAAGUUAUCUUCUUAUGCGUUUUAGUACAGAUGGAACUUCGACCUCGAACCGCCCACCCAUCGCAGGGUGAGUAACCUCCUGCGACAUCCACUCAUCGUCCAGCCUUCUCGAUGAAAGCCUUCUCGAGCUUGCCGACCUCGGUCUUG